GAAACAUGGCCGCCUACAGUUCAACUAUGGUGUUUCUAUUUACGUGUCGCCUGUUUUCUGUUUUAAGACUGACAGUGGAAGAAAGAGCUCGGGUUCGAAGUCAUUUUGAGUAAAAUUUAAGUCUAGUGUAUAUUUUUCUGUUUGGAUAAAUCGGUGCUGUGAUAUAUAUUUUUUAAAUGAAUAGUUGCUGUGAUACAGACUGAGAUAUUUCUUUUUGCUGGGCUUAUUAAAACUGCGAUUGAUUUAGUCAACCAGAAACCCCACAGAGUUCACACCAGGGCCUGGUCGCGAUGUUUAGCCCCGUGAAUUCAUCUUAUUUUCGAGUCAGUCCGACAAUUAUCAACCGGGAGCUCGGGAAGACUAAGAUGAGAUAGCAAGAGUGCACUCUGGAGUGCUAACACGGGGUUUUCAUUGGGAGCGUAAUCCCUUCAUAACUUGGGAGACAACUGCGGAAAUAAAACCCAAUUCAACAUGUUCGGAAGCCUUUUUGAGGAGGAAGAGAAUGAGGGCUUCGUCUCGACCUCCGCCACAGGAAGAACUGCCAAGGGGGGCGAGGAGCCGCCUCCACCCCGUGGGAGAAGCAAUCUGUGCGGGAUUAAAAAUCAGGGAGGGACGUGCUACCUCAACUCUCUGCUCCAGACUCUGCUGUUCACCCCAGAGUUCAGAGAGGAGCUGUUCAAUUUGGGGCCAGAAGAGCUGGGGUGUCUAGAGGAUAAAGGCAAACCAGGGGCUAAAGUCCGAGUGAUCCCUCUGGAGCUUCAGAGACUGUUUGCCCGCCUGCUGCUAGUGGACCAGCAGAGCGCCUCCACCACCGACCUCACUGACAGUUUUGGCUGGAACAGCAGCGAGGGGACGAAUCAGCAUGACGUGCAGGAGCUCAACAGGAUUUUGUUCAGUGCGUUGGAGCACUCCCUGGUGGGCACCAGCGGCAGCACGCUGAUCCAACGCCUCUACCACGGCACCAUUGUCAACAGCAUCGUAUGUAAGGAGUGUGGAAACGUGAGCCAGAGGAAGGAGGACUUCCUGGAUCUGACGGUGUGCGUUUGUGGUGUGUCCAGCCUGGAGGAGGCUUUGUGGAACAUGUUUGUGGAGGAAGAGCUGUUUGAAGGCAAUAACCUCUAUCGCUGCGCUCGGUGUUCCCGGCUGGUCACCGCUGCCAAGUCUGCCAAGCUGAAGCAGCUGCCCCCGUUUAUGACCAUGUCUUUGCUGAGGUUCAGCUUCGACUUUGCCAAAUGUGAACGAUACAAGGAGACCGGACGCUAUGCCUUUCCGCUCACCAUCAAUCUGCGACCGUUUUGUGAACAGACUGAUGCAGAGGACUCUGACGUCACAUAUGAACUGUUUUCGGUGAUUAUUCAUAAGGGAGGUUGCUAUGGCGGCCAUUACCACGUUUACAUCAGAGAUAUUGAUGAGCUUGGACAAUGGGAGCCACCGGAAGAGGACUGCAAACCCAAAACUCAAAAGAAAACAAAGGAGGAAGUGAAGGAGUCAUCUGAGCAAAAACUGCAGGAAGACGACCCUUUGUCUAUCAUUACUGCAAUCAUUGCUCAGGAGUCAUCAAAAAGCGUUUUGUUGGAUCAGCUGGGUCAAAAACUCAUGAAUAAAACUGGAUCAUCAUGGAGCAAAAGGUUCAGGAAACCCUAUGGUCCCAUUGGAAAGUUCCUGCAGUCACACAGUGACGUUUUCAUUUUGGUGUGCAAUGGGACUCGGGUGGCAUUGAAAGCAAACCCUCCAAGCCCAGCGACUGAUGCCUCGGCUCCAUCAGAGCAAACCACAAACUCCGAACCCUCAACAGCUUCAGACGGAGCAGCUUCUGAUCUGCAGCCAGAGGGAAAUCAGAGGCCUAAACCAAAACCAGAGCAGGGUAGCCACUGGUUUGACCUCAACGACUCCACUGUGACCUCCAUCAGGGAGUCGGACAUCGAGAAGCAGUUCCAGGGCAAAGAGAGCGCCUACAUGCUGUUUUACAGAAAGACACAGCUGCGCAGGCCCAGUGAAGCUCUAAGCAAUCCACAGUAUAAAGUUCCUUCCCACUUCAUCCAGAUGGCCCUGGACGAAAACCAGAGGCUGCAACAGAUGCGUGAGGAGUUUGAUGCCACUAAUAACACAGUAGAGCUGCAUCUGCACCUGGCCCCCUUCUACAAAACGGUAAAUGGAGUCCUGCAGCCGGUCAGCGAGGAGCCAAGCGGAAGCAUCAACCUGAGCUUCGACCGGAGGAAAACCAUUGGCGAUCUGCGGAUCACCAUUUAUCACAUGCAGGAGUUCUGGGAAGGAGACAUGGCAUUAACUGUGGCCAAGAGUCUGCCUGCAGGUUUACACCUCUACAAUACUCUUACAGAUGACAGUGUCUCCCUCUACAGUGCAAGAAUCCACACAAAUACUGACCUGUUUGUGUGGAAUGGUAAAGAAGUUCGCGGUGCCGCAGUCCAAACUGGAGCAGAGUGGGAACCCGUGUUACUCACCGUCGUUCGCCCUUUCCUGAGUGACGGCGUGGAGCACGAGGCGCAAAAUGGGGUCAAAUGCGAAACAACCGACAACUCCAAUUCUGAAAACGGGGUUGCGGGGCUGAAGAGGGAAGCGAGAGGAUUCGCGGGCGGUGCGACUCUUGGGGAGGUGAGGGAGGCGCUGGGGGAGCCUAGGGAGAGUCUUCUGUGUCAGGAGCAUAAAAGGGAAAAGGUCGGGGGGUCAGGGGAGGGAGGGGGCUCCAGCGGAUGGAGGGUGUUUCCGCCCGACGACAUGCAGCGGACUUUGAAGGAGCUGUCGCUGAAAGACGGAGAUGCUUUGUUGGUGUUGGAGCCGCAGUCGUUGGACAGCAGUGUGUUCUCCCGGAAUGGAGACGUGGUCACUGUGACCACGCCGUCUGACUGCCGCUGGCUCCAGGUGGAGUUUCGACCUCAGAUUAAAGGAGGUGAAGAAGAACAAGAGGAACAGAGGAAGAAAGUAAAGGUUCCAGCCACAGGAAAUAUGCUGCUAUGUGAAGUGAAACAAAGAGCCAUUUGGGGGCUGCAGCUGCAGGAACCACCUUCAGGUGUGCAGUACUGUCUGAGGCAGGUGGACUGCUCUGGGAAACUCCUUCCUCCAGUAUGUGAGGAGUUAAGCGUUCGGGAUGCAGGCGUGCGACUCAUGACCACGUUGAGUCUCUGUCCGGGAAAUGCCCCCAAGGAAUCACAGCUGUUCUUGCACUUUGCUGUGGGCGCGGCCCCCUCUGCUGGCAUGGAGAUGGAUAUAAUCGUGGAGAAGACUUUCACUGUUAAAGAAUGUCUCAGAGCUAUGCUGGAUGCUGUUGGGCUGGAUGGUACCAGUUGGCACCUGAGGAGGCUAGAUUGGUGUGAGGAGGUUGGAGAACCGCUAAUGGACGAGGACGCCUCGUUGUCAGAGCUGAAGAUUAGCAGUGGGGAGACGUUAGUUGUUACCGAAGGACUUUUGCCUCCGAAGGGAUUUCUCAAGCUUUCUGUGUGGCUUUAUGUGGAUUUGAGCGGUAUGGAAGCAGGCUGCAAGCGCUCAGAAAACAGCACUGCUGAGCAGCAGGUGCAGGGAGCGGAGACUGCAGACGGGUCUUGUGCUCAGUCGAUUUCUCUUUGUGGCAAAAACAUGGCGGAGCUACAAAACGUUGGGAAGGUGGAAAUAUCGGAUGACGCCACGCUGGAGGACUUAAAGACUCAGGUGUUGACGUUGCCAACUCUUCAGGACGUGUGUGUGCCUGUCACUAGCUUCCUUCGUGUGUGGCAGAUGGAGGGAGGGCGGCUUACACGUAUCCUUAGAGGACAACAAGUCACACUCAGGAAGCUGAAGUUGACCAGUGGGGCGGAUCUUUGUGUGCAGUGUCUUCUGAAAGAAGAAGAUCUCGGGCCAAAACAAGUCCUGCUGAAGAUAAAGAUGGGCGUUCCAGGGGAGAGGAGCUACUAUCCUCCAGAAGAGCUGGUUUGGGACGCUUCUCAUGACUCCACUCCUCGAUCUCUGCGCACCAGCCUGGCUGCACACUACGGCCUCUCUCCCGAUUCUCUGCUGCUAGCCAAACACCAGGCUGACAAACACGCCUGGGAAGAAAUCUCCAACUGGACUCAACAGGUUUCCAAAAAGAAGAAGAAGAAAAAGGCAGAAUCUCUUCUGGGGCCACCUUUUCACCUCAGAGAUGGGGAUGUAAUCGGCAUUAAGAACCUUUUGAUUGACAACAACAGGGACUUCGUCACAGCAGAGGACCAGCAGGGCCAGCAGAGGCUCAGGGAACAGACAGAGCAACGCAGGAAAGGAGAGCAGGCUGCCGCUGCCAACGGUGCUGGGAAAACCAAAUCCAGGAAGCUGGAGGCAUCGUUGUCUAUCAGCGUCGGGGUAUUCAGAUAGCAGCCUGCUUUUCUGUUGAUGCACAGACAAAUCAGGACUUCCUAUGACAUCACACCACACAUGAACUAAAAUGCCAUGUUGCUGUUGGACAAUCCCACUAAAUAAGCCUGGUGCCAUUUCUUCCAUUUUCUACCACAGUUUUCACACGGUUAUUUGUCUCGAAGCAUUUUAAUGAACCCUAAAACCUUCCUGGUUCCUAUACUGGUGACCCAUCAAAAAGAACUUUAAACUUUGAUUUUAUCCUUUGGACUGUUUCUGUCAUAUGCAUUUUGUUUAUAAACAAACUUGUUUAAACAACAUAUCAUUUAAGUAAAAUUUAAUCAGGGGACUUUUUUUUUCUUUGUCUUCAUCAAUUUGCAGCCGAUUCACUUUGAGGUUUUUUUUUUAAUAUAAAAAGAGUGAUUCGACUCUUGAUCCCUAAAUAAAGUGGAGUAUUUGAUUAAAUCUGAAAUAUCAGAAGUUGUUGUUAGUGAAGUUGUCCCCUUUCUGAUUACAGUUUCUUGAGUAAAGCAAAUUAAGAGUGAAUUUCCUUCCUGAAAUCUACAUCUUUAUAUAAGGUAAAAUUAAGGCCACUUUAUAACCAUAAACCUGCCACUGUGCUGCAUGAACAAAAGACUGCCACUCAUGAUCAGGAUCUAUUGAUAUGUUUGUUUUCAGGGCAGAUGAGAGAUGGGCCUUAAUGUAGAGAAGCUUCUCUGCUGCUCUGUCUUCCCUACCUCAUUCUCCAACUCUCCUUCCCUUCUUCUACCUCUUUUAUGCUCGGCUUUUUACCAUUUAUCCUUACUCUAAACUGUUGCCGGCUCUCUCAAAAGUAAUCAUGGUUUUUUACAUUUAAAUGCUCACAGUUUAACACUUGGUUGAUGGAGAAUUUAUUACCAAGCUGUAAAUCCGGCUUGGGAACGGUAAGAUGUAACCAUGUGAGCUCUGAAAUUUUGAGGAAAAUUUCAGGUUUUUAUUUGCAUGUGUAUAUUUGACUUUGAGGGGAAUAAAAGUGAUUUUCUUUUAUGUUUUUUUUGGGGGGGGAAAGUGUCUGCAAUUUUUUUUUUCUAAAUUUGUCAAGAAUUUUCAGACAGACAUCUUGUUUUCUUGGCAUUGUACUAACGGUAAAAUCAUUUUUUUUUGUAUCCCAGUUUGAUUAUUAAUAGCAGUGGUCACAUCUCUGCUGGUAAGGACCGUUUUGCUGUAUUGUUGCAGUGUUGUUUAUAUCAAUGUAAAAGUGCUUUUGCAGAAAGCUGUUAAUGAUUAAUAAAGUUAUAACACAGUCCUGUUCAUAUCA